AUGGCAUGUGUCAAUGUACCAGGCCAGGCAUUGGCCCCAAUCUCUCGGUUGAUGGCCCGAGUUUGGGGCAAUGGAGACAACGCCAAUGCCUAUAAGGUGGCCUUCACCAAGCCCAAAUCCUCAUGCGCAGUUGAGGUGACGGACACCAAGAACGAGAAGCAUGACGCCUCGGCGGAGGCCUCCGCUCCCAAAGCCCGUCGGAACAAGGACGGAGGGACGCGGAAUACACGCCGGCGGACGUGGGCAGUGCGGGGACGCGAGGAGCAAUGGGCCACAGUGCCAGAGGGCAGUGGCCUUGCAACUCAGUGCGCGUUUUUUGGUGGGACGUCCUUUGUGAACGAACUGCAACUGCGCAUCCACAAAGUGUCCGCCUACCUGGAAAUUCUGAUUGCGCUGGAACGCCGCCUCGAUGCAGGAUGUCAAUUUCACAAUCCUCGAUUGGUGCAUCAACUCCGAGAACGCGUGUUCAUUCCAGAGACCGGGUUUGUGAACGCCUCCAAGUGCAGGUGGCGACAGUUCGAGGUCCAAGUGCCCGGGAGUCAAGACUGGUACGACCUCUCAGAGGUGUAUGGUGCUGAGGUGGAAGCUUCUCAGCUGCAGAGGUUCUUCGUUUAUUGGCUCAGUGUGCCAACCACUCUGACCUUGGAUGAGAUCCUGGAAGGCCUUCGAGCCCUUCGCUCUAAAUCCAGGUUAUCUCGUUGGACAGGGCACUCUCAAGACGAAGGACCCACCUUGCCACGUGCCGCGCGGUGGUACAAAGAGCUGGGCCGAAGCUUGAGAAAGGCGCCAUCUUCGGACCUGCAGGUCUUCCGAGACGAGGCCUUGAUCUACGUCGCUGGCACCGAGAGGAAUUGGCGCAAGGCGCCGGAAUGCCUUUGGAUCAAGCCGGAGAAGUGCCCCGAAGGUUGGAGCACUGAUCGCGAAGAACUUUCAGCUCAGUAUGGCCAUGAUCCAUUGUUGAAGGAGGUCUUCACAGAGCGCCUGGGCGUUCCGAUCUCGGUGCGCUUCACUUGCACUUCUGAUGCGCCAGUGGCACCUGUGGCGCUCCAGGGGCAGCCCCUUUGGAUUCUAGACGAAGGCGAGGUGCCUGAAGCCAGAAACUUCAUAGACACGUCCGAGCGCAGGCCAUCCAACGAGGUGAUCACAGAUGGAGAGGCAGAUCCCGGCUCAUUGGAUGAAGAGCCGCUGGGCACCGAGCCGACUGCACCUGUUUCCGAAGGUGAAGUCUCGCCCAAUCCCGAUGCAGCCGAUGCUGCAGCUCCUUCUCCGCCGUCUCCGCCGGAGCCCGUAGAGCCGCCGUCUCUGGAGCCAGAGGAGAACGGAGCCGAGCAGCUGGCCGAGCCGGAGCCGCCGGAAGAAGCGGCGAAGCGGGAGAGGGAGAACACUGCAGAAGAUGGAAGAAGGCCCUAUGUGGAGUCCAAUGUUCAACUCCGAGGAGUGGCAGCUGAUGGUCGCGAGGAGCGAAGGCGGAUGUUGGAGCGACUGGCGCGGAGCGUGAAGUCCUUGAAGGACGAAAGGCAGAUGAUCUCCAAGGCCAACAAAGUGAAACACCACUCUGAGGUGUGCGUGGAUUGCAACCCACACCACGACUUGGUGCAAGUGGGAUACUUGGAGUCACCAAUGGCCACCGAGGUGUUCAUCCCCGUGUGGGUGGAACGAAGUGGUCAAAAGUCCGCCAUGGACCGCUUGAAGGUCUCCAUGUCCAGCCAAGCACUCUACCGCUUUGCCGACUUGCUGAUGGCUGUGUCGAGCAUUUUCUCCGUGCCCUGUCACCGUCAAGUGCACAUCUUUGAAGAAGAUACGCAGACCGUGGCCUUCAAUAGCGGGGCGCUCUUCUUUAACUUGCGGUUCUUCACCGAGGAAUGUCACGACCAGAGCUGGGAGGAGGCGGUGAGCUUUUGGACUGUGAGCUUCGCCCACGAACUGGCCCAUUUCGAGUCCCCAGUGCACGACAGGCAGCAUGGCCGCGCGAUGGAGAUGUCACAGCGUGCCAUUUUGCCCCGCAUCCCGCAAAUCUUGGCCAGACCUUGGGGCGCUGCGCCGGGCUCCGCAGCCGUGGCCUACCGAACCUGGAAGCUCCGCGCGACGGAUGGCGGUCUGAUCUGA